AUGCCUUCGGCCCCGCAGCUCGGCGCCCUCGGGCACACCUUCACCGCCAUGCGUGCGAUGCAGUUCGCCAGCCUGAUCGCCAUCAUCGGCAUGACGAGCAACUUCAUCUCCGAGAUCAACGCCGCCGACGCCUCCAGCCCGAGCGUCUUGAUUGGGACUCUGGUAGUUUCCUGCAUCGCAACCCUCUACAUCGUCAUCUCCUACAUCCUCUACUACGACUCCCUCCUCCCGCUCCUCCUCGCCACGGCCCUCGACUCCACCCUCCUCGUCGCCGUCAUCGUCGUCGCCUGCACCCUCGGCAAGCCCCUCUCCUACCUCAACUGCGCCGCCCUCCCCUCCUCCGGCAGCACCGCCACCUUCAUGACCUCCGUCAUCGCCAACUCGGGCGCCUCCUCCACCCUCAACUACUUCAUCUGGGUCGGCGCCGACCAGCGCACCUGCUACGCCGUCAAGGCCGUGUGGGGCCUCUCCAUCGCGCUGUGCGUGCUCUUCGCCUUCUCCGCCAUCACCGCCGUCUGCCUCUGGCGCCGCCUCAAGGUCGUCUCCGCCCCGAAGGACAUUGAGAACUGA